AUGUUUCCGUAUUAUUUUAUUCUUUUUUUUUUGAAGUUUGCUCAUGGUCUGCUUUCAUUUCAUUUUCUUUGCCAUUUGUUUUAUUUUAUGACUGUGCAGUCUUUUUUUUUCUUUCUUUACUCAUUUCAUAUCAUUUUUCCAAUUUUUUUCUUUCAUUAUUUUUAUUUUGCCCAAUUUUUUUUUUUUUCUUCAUCUUCCUCUAAUUUUUUAUCAUUAUUCUGCUUUCUAAAAAGACAUAUCACCUUUUUUUCUUUGUUUUUCUUUCACUCUUCAUUAAAUCUUCUUCUGUUGUCAUGUCCUUGUAACUUAUUUUUGUUACUUUUCAUUCUUUUUUCCUUUCUUUUCCUUCUUAUUGUUUCUUCUUUUUCUUCUCUUUUCAUUUCUUUUUUUCAUUUCUUCUUUUUCUUUUCAUUUCUUUUUUUCAUUUCUUCUUUUUCUUUUCAUUUCUUUUUUUCAUUUCUUCUUUUUCUUCUUUUCAUCUUUUUCUUCUUUUCAUUUCAUCUUUUUUCUUCUUUUCAUCUUUCUUCUUUUCAUCUCUUUUUCUUCUUUUCAUCUCUUUUUCUUCUUUUCAUCUCUUUUUCUUUUCAUCUCUUUUUCUUCUUUUCAUCUCUUCUUUUUCUUCUUUUCAUUUCUUCUUUUUCUUCUUUUCAUCUCUUUUUCUUCUUUUCAUCUCUUCUUUUUUUUCUUGUUUUCAUCUCUUUUUUUUUUCAUUUCUUUUUUCUUUCUUUUCAUUUCUUUUCUUUUUUCAUUUUUUUUUCUUCUUUUCUUUUCUUUUUCAUUUUUUUCUUCUUUUCAUUUCUUUUUUUUUUUUUUUUUCAUUUCUUUUUUUUUUUGGUUUUCUUCUUUUUUUUUCAUUUCUUUUUUUUCUUUUUUUUUUCAUUUCUUUUUUUUUUUCAUUUUCAUUUCUUCUUUUUUUUUUUUUUUCUUUUCAUUUUUCUUUCAUUUUUUCUUUUUUUUUUUUUUUUUUUUUUCUUUUUUUUCAUUUUUCUUUUUUUUUUUUUUUUUCAUUUCAUUUCUUUUUUUUCUAUUCUUUUCUUUUUCUUUCAUUUUUCUUUUUUCUUCCAGAUUUUUUUUCUUUCUUUUUUUUUUUAA